AUGAUUGUUGGUGAAUCGAUGGCGGAGGUUGAGAACUCCUCUCAAAUAACGGUUUCCGGCGAAGCGAACAGCGCGUGCUCGUUCGGCGACCUCGCGUCUCUGCCGCCGCCGACGACGAAGAAGAAGCGGAAUCUCCCCGGAAUGCCAGAUCCAGAAGCGGAAGUAAUCGCGCUAUCGCCCAAGGCGUUGAUGGCGACGAACCGAUUCGUGUGCGAGAUCUGCAACAAAGGGUUUCAGCGGGACCAGAACCUGCAGCUCCACCGGCGAGGCCACAACUUGCCGUGGAAGCUGAAGCAGAGAGGGACCAAGGAGCCACGCAAGCGGGUCUACGUCUGCCCCGAACCGACCUGCGUCCACCACGACCCGGCCCGAGCCCUCGGCGACCUAACCGGAAUAAAAAAACACUUCUCCAGAAAGCACGGCGAGAAGAAAUGGAAGUGCGAGCGGUGCUCGAAGAAGUACGCCGUCCAGUCCGACUGGAAAGCUCACAUGAAGACCUGCGGGACUCGCGAGUAUAAAUGCGAUUGCGGCACUUUGUUCUCCCGGAGGGACAGCUUUAUCACUCACCGGGCGUUCUGCGACGCGCUGGCGGAGGAGACGAUAAGAACCACGAAUGUGCAAACGGUGAAGAACAACCUUCCAGCUAAUGGUGAUGAGAAGACGGCGGCGGCGGCAGCGGUGGUGGCGGUGAGGGUGGCUUCGCCACCGCCUCCACCACUUACACCGUCGACUAGCGUGGUGUCGCCGGGGAACUCUAUCCAAAGCUCAGAAUUAGCAGAGAAUCCAGUGAUCCUGCCUUCCCCAGCGGCCGCGACGACGACAACCACCGUAGCGUCUGCGGCGUCUGCCAGCACGAGCUCCACGUGCACUACUUCAACCAGCAACGUCUUCGCCAGCAUAUUCACUACCACGACCACAUCGACAACGCCGGCGGGGAGCUCGUCUUUCACCAAUCUACUCCAGACAUUCACUCCGGCGGAAUUCCCGGCGACAAUGCCGGCGAUCAUCGAGCCGCCACCGUCGCUUUCUUUGUCCCCGCCGCCGCUCUACUUCGCUUCCCCCUCCGCCGGCGGAGGAGGAGUUCAAGACUACAGCCACCGCUCGGGGCAUCACCACGGCCAGGCGACGAUGUCGGCCACCGCAUUGCUCCAGAAAGCUGCUCAAAUGGGGGCCACGACGUCGAAUCAGUCGUUCCUCCGGGGGUUGGGCCUGCAAAUGUCCCCGCCGGUGCCGGCGCCUUUUCAUUCCGAGGAUAGGAAUAUUGGCAAUCAUCAUCAGUGGGACUCGAAGCAGGAGUCUGGAAGUGGGCUUCGGCUUGGGCUGGGCCAGUCCUUCGGGCCCACUACUCUGGACCUGCUCGGUCUGGGCCUGGACUCCAGCUCCGCUCUGCUGACCUCUUAUAGCAAUGGCUUCGACUAUGCUGCAGCGGCAGCCGCUGCCAGCUCCGCCGGCUCGUACGGCGGCGGAGGAGGAGGAGGAAGGAGCUCGGAGGAGACGUGGGAUAAUAGUACCGGCGGCGGCGCGGAGAGGAAGGCUAAUGGUUCAGCUGCCUCGUUGUAG